CCUCCGUGCCACCGUACGGUUGGGCGAUCUCGUCUCACGCCCAGCUUCAACAGUGUCCCAAACCUGGAACAGGAACGCCGUCACCGCCUAUGUCACCCAUAUCACCAAUACUCUUGAUAAAAUAUGUUUGUCUCUUGCUCUCCCUGCUUCAAGUCUCUUCCGUUUGCCUGACCUCUGCCUCUCGAACUUCUUGUUGGAUCGAUCCAGCUGAGGCUACCCGGGCGUCCCGCCAUUGCCGCCGUCCAAUUGCGCCAAUCUCGGCGCGGGGAAUAGCUUGAGGUUUCACGGGACACGAGGAUAGACCCGGUAGGGCUACUUUGUGUUAAUUGGACUUGGUUCAUCCAUCACGAAAACUCGGAGGGCGACCUCAGCUGCGGUGUUUUGUCUACGAACUCGGUAGGGAUAUAUGUGGUAUUAUGAAAUGCUUUAGAGGUCCGGCCGCAAUAUUAUGUACAUCGUUAAAACACCAGGUUAAAGUUGGGAGUCGUUCAAAGAAAGGCCUUCGCGCAAGACUUUCGACUGUUCAUCUUGAGCUCGACGGCCUUGUUCCAUGAACCAAGUCUCUGUGUUGUCUCUUGGAGACUAGCUGGUUGUUUUGAAAGUGACAUCUGAUAUUCCUCUCAUGGUUAUUGACAUCAAUGUAUCAAAUGUUGCUGUUAAAAGGUCUCUGAAUUGAUAACCUUGGAGCUUGAUAUCGAUAUCAGUAUCGAUAAGCUCAUGGUCCGUGCAUCAGCCACACGUCAACCCCAGACCACAGGAGCAAGACCCAACCAAUGAUGCGCCCUGCAGGAACCCCUUCAUCUGAAUAUCGCGUCGUGUGUGUUUGGAGCUUCACUGUAAAUUUCCCAGGCCAGCACCAGACGACAACAGCGACCAGCAAUCCGACUUCGACCACCCGAAACCCCACACGAUUCCCAGAAACUUGGCUUCUGACCCCUCGGACUGGCGCUGGAGAGCUGUCUCGCCCGCCCCGUACUCCCAGACAGCAGCGACCUCAGUACAAACAAACCUCCCCUCUCCGAUUUCGACGACCACCACGAGAAGCCCAAUCCUACGAUACUGAAAUAGUCAAAUAAAAUACAGAUCCAUUUCCAUGUUCUGAGAACCCCCACACACGAACCACAGCAACAUGACAGACUCAUUGCACAACGUGUCGGUAGUGCUCGACAAUGGAUCCGGAACUAUCAGGGCUGGCUUCGCAGGAGACGACGUACCCAAAUGCCACUUCCCAUCAUGGGUAGGCAGACCAAAACAUCUCCGCGUUCUGGCCGGUGCGCUGGAGGGAGAGGUGUUUAUCGGCCAGAAAGCGGCCACAGAACUGCGGGGCUUGCUCAAAAUCCGAUACCCUCUGGAGCAUGGUAUUGUCACGGACUGGGAUGAUAUGGAGAAAAUCUGGGCCUAUGUGUAUGACGAGGGGUUAAAGACACUGAGUGAGGAGCACCCUGUCCUUCUUACCGAACCACCACUCAACCCAAGGUCAAACCGUGACACGGCUGCUCAAAUUCUAUUCGAGACGUUCAACGUGCCAGCUCUCUACACAUCAAUCCAGGCUGUACUGUCUUUGUACGCCAGUGGAAGGACGACAGGUGUGGUGCUUGAUGCUGGCGACGGUGUGUCCCAUGCUGUACCAGUAUACCAAGGGUUCACGGUGCCCAACAGUAUCAGGAGAAUCGAUGUCGCCGGCCGCGACGUGACUGAACAUCUACAGACGCUUCUCCGCAAGAGCGGUUACGUCUUCCAUACCAGCGCAGAAAAGGAGGUCGUCAGGCUCAUCAAGGAGGCCACGAGCUACGUCGCGAGGGAUCCCAAGAAGGAAGAGAAGGAGUGGGCCGCUUCCAAGCAGGACCAGAGCAAGUUUGCCGAAUAUGUCUUGCCAGAUGGCAACAAGCUCAGGAUUGGAGCGGAACGUUUCCGUGCCCCAGAGAUCUUGUUCGACCCUGAGAUCAUCGGUCUUGAAUAUCCGGGCAUUCACCAAAUAGUAGUUGAUUCGAUCAACAGGACGGAUCUCGACCUGCGCAAGGACCUGUACAUGAACAUCGUCCUGUCGGGAGGUAGUACACUCACAAAGGGAUUCGGUGACAGACUUCUCAGCGAAGUACAGCGGCUUGCUGUCAAGGAUAUGAGAAUCAAGAUUUUUGCGCCCCCGGAGCGGAAGUACUCUACCUGGAUUGGUGGCAGUAUUCUGGCUGGUCUGAGCACAUUCAGAAAGAUGUGGGUCAGCAUUGACGACUGGCAUGAGAACCCGGAUAUUAUCCAUACCAAGUUCGCCUAGUUGUAGUCAGUGCGACCGUAGAUCGAGCAAGAUUCAUUUGAUGUCGUCGACUGACAGCGCAGGCGACACUUUGCGGGUGAAGAAACGACACUUAUCCGCAUUCCCUAUUCGUGUCGAGAUUCGAUGAUGUUAUGAGUAUGAAGUCUUGGAGGGGAUCCCCGGCCCAGUACAGCGAAGGGAAGAGAUACAGCACAACAAGUAAAGAAGGUGUACAAAUUUAUCCAGGGACUCCAGCAAAGCUUUGUACACAAGACGAUUAGAACUAUUGUAAUAUCUGGGGAUACAUACUUCGUUGGAAGAGGAGUCAGGACGGGGAGUGGUUGGUGGCUGGUACUACAGCUUUUGUUGGUUGAGAGGUUUUAGUGAACGUACAUGUAUCUUUAAAGGAGAGGAGAGAAGGGAGAAGGAGUGCGGUAAUAGGGUGUAGAAGGGUGGAUGAAGGGAGUGAUGGAAAAGAAAAUGAAUGAUACCCUUUGCUAACCAUCUCUGAACAUGCAAUUCUUCUCUUGUCGUGAUUUAAAGACUUGUACAUGCUGCUUCUGUCUUGGCUUUUGGCCUCGAUGCUUCUAUACAGGUCGAUCACCGCUAGGUUGAUACCUGUCUAAAGAUGCCUAGCUGCUAUGAACUUGACCACGUCUCCCUCUGAGGCGUUUGCGAUGACAAGACCGACGGGGCAAUACCAUCAGGAUCCAACGUCGUCAGUCCGGAGUGGAACUUCUGAGCUUUUUUCCAACCCGUACUGCCUACUUACUUGUUUCUAAUUCUUGUCCUCUAUGCUUUGGAACGUUCGUAGAAGAAAGCAAAGAAUAUCAUCGCGACACUUUCUUCCACCGCCUCAAGUAACAUCUGGUAAGCAGAGAUAGUUCGAUUUGAUUCAUAUGUAGAGGUACGAAGUCCGCAUACCUACCCUAUUAUAACCAUCGGGUUAAUAAGUUCUCACCUGGGUCGUCAUACCACCUUUUUUUGGGGGUCUAUUAUAUACUUGGCAAUCGUGCUUCUGGCCGUGCAGCCUUUUGUAUGAAACUGAUCUUGUUUGUUUUUCUUGUUUUUGAGGAGACAAGUCAGUAUUGGGGAGAUUGUUUUUGUCUCGGGGAUGUGUCGUGUGAGGAAGUGGCAACGACAAGAGCGUGGUUGUGUGGUGGAGCUUGAGGAAAGACUGGGAGUGUUUUUGUCAACUUUUGGCAACAGCCCUCUCUUCUUGGAAUACUGGCAGAUUCCAAAGUAGAAGGCUUCGUAGAAGUCUAUAGAUUCUCGGCCUGGCACUCACCUGGUAUCUGUAUAAGUUUGUGUACGGCAGACUUGUGUUUUGAGUAUCUCUUUGACGACAAGUCCUUGCUGGAAGGAUUCGUCAUAUUAAGGCUAUGUACAAGGAUAGAAAGCUUCUAGAAUGGCUCAACAUGUAUUUACGAGAGAACGUUUCGGAUUGGGCCAUCUCCAGUUAAUUUCGACAAGGCAUGCUACUUGGUUUGGACUACAUACAUUUGAUGUUCCAAGGCUACGGUCUGUGUACUUUCUCAUUCGUAUGCAGCACGAAAAACCACGGUGCCUUGAGAAAUUCAGCCGUUGUGGUUACCCAUGAGAUGCCCCUGAUUUUAAAACCGACAAGGAACAGAAACGGCACGGUAUGUUUUCCCCUUUGGUACCCAACGUUCACUCCAGCUCUUCGAGUUCCAGAUUCUCAGAACGAACUCGGUUGACACCGUACCUAGGUCCCAAAUUCCGCUCUCUCCGUUGAAGGCAAGCUUGAAAGUCCCUGCCAGGUACCUCAACCAAAUUGCCCAAAGGGGAUUCCGACAGCCCAGGUCAGGGUGAGCGGGAAGCAUC